GUUAGCUUUGCAGGACGGACUUGUCAUCCAUUCGUGACCUCCAUUGAAAAGGUGUUUCGACUUCCGAAUGUUGACUCACAGUCUGUGACGGGCCGAAGGGUAACUUCUGUAGAUAUAUAGAUAAAAUUCACUUGUUUUAUUCCCCAAGCCUAAAACUGAUCGAACUGAUCUACUACUACAUCUUACAACAACGUGUUUAACACAACAGAUUUUUUUUGUUUUAAUAUUUAAUUGAAUAUAGUAAUAUACAACUUAUAUAUACAACAAUGCUGAAUUUCAUACGAAACUUCUUGCUUAGGAAUGGAUUAUUUUUAUUUAUUUCAACAGUUAACUUUGUGUAUCUUGCACCUAUAUAUACAUCAUAUACAGCACUGAACAGUUCUGAUGGACAGACAAAUUUAGUUUUGUCACGUGAAAACCAUACGAAUAUUUCUACAAUUCUGUAUCAAAAGGAUAUCCAUCUUUUAAAGGUGUCGCCACUAAAUAUAUCAGAUGGACUAACAAUACAAGAAAAAAUAGUUGUAGUAAACUAUUUAUCUGCUAUAGAACAGAAAGAAGAGAAGGAGCAUCAUUUAAUUACGAAAUCCACAACAGAUAAUACAGUUCCAUAUGUUUUUGAAGAAGAUAUUAUAUUGACUCCAAAACAAGCUCAAAUUAUUUAUGAAAGUAGAAAUCCUCGCCAGAAACGAAAAUUAAAUACAGAUUUACAUCGACAUUGGCAGCUACCGAUACAGUAUGCAUUUGACGGAUCUCAUAACGAAUCUGAAAAAAGUAUUAUAAGACGUGCUUUAAGUUACUGGGAGAGUUAUACCUGUAUUACUUUCGAAGAAAUAACAUAUAAAGAUAACUCAAGUGUGAAUGAAAACAAAGUUUACAUUGUAUUCACUAGCAAUGAAGGUUGCUGGUCAUUUGUUGGAAGAAGCACGUAUCGAGAGCAAAAAGUUUCCAUUUUUGAAGACUGUAUAUAUGAAGGCCAUGUUCUUCAUGAAAUAGGUCACGUGAUAGGGUUUUGGCAUGAACAUGCCCGACCUGACAGAGAGGAACAUAUACAGGUACAACAGAAUGCCAUCCAAUAUGGAAAACAAUACAACUUUUUACACAUCUCUUGGAAGGAUCUAGACAACAAAGAUAUGCCUUAUGAUGUUGGAUCUAUAAUGCAUUAUGGUUCGAGAGCGUAUGCUGUUGACAAUCAAACUCCAGUCCCACCAACAAUUAUUACGAAAGAUCCAUUAUUACAAAGAGCACUCGGACAGAGAUUCCAACUUUCGUAUUAUGACGUUAAGCUAGCAAACGCUGCCUACUGUGCGGACAAAUGUAACAAUACCAAAUUAGCACAACCAUGUCAACACGAUGGCUACCAAGAUCCCAAGUUAUGUUCUAGAUGUCGCUGUACGGAAGGACUGGGAGGAAAUUACUGUGAAACAGCUGCGCCAUCUGUAGGAGAUACGUGUGGUGGCGUUAUAAACCUGACUGGUUCACCAGUACCGAUUGGAUAUCCUACGUCAUAUCGUUUCGGACAACAGUGUAACUGGUAUAUAAAGGCUCCGAAAAAUUCCAGAGUAUUUUUCACGAUAACGCCUCCUCGUAUCAUGGAAUAUCCUCAGUGUGUGAGUGAUACCAAUAAUAAGUAUGUCGAAUGUCUGAAUUACCUGGAAGUUAGAUAUUCUCAUAACAUUGCUACAACAGGUGCACGAAUUUGCUGUUCCUAUUUAGAAUCCACAAAACCUAUUAUUUCGGAAGGUAACGAGAUGCUGGUGCUGUUACGGGCAAAUGCAGCAGGAUCGUAUGGAUUCCAGGCUAAAAUAUGGGCAGAACCAUGUGGAGGCUGUGUUACCGGAACAGAGUUAAGUCAUCGGCCAUGUUCUAGAAAUGUGCCAUACGUCUGUGAACGUCAAUGGAAUUAUACAGAAUGGAAUCCGUGUCCCAGUGGAAACUGGUGGUGGGCUGAUAAUAAAGAUUGCAAUAAGCUUGUGAAUAAGACAGCUGUGAGGUCUGGAAUUUGCCAUAGAUCUGAACUUUUCUGCUGUAAUGGCUAUCAAUUAAAUGGAACAGAUUGCAUCAAAUCAUCGUCAGUAGCCAAUAUAAGUAUAGUUAUACAGCCUGGUGCGUCAUCAACAGAAUAUAUUGUACCCACACACGAUCCUUCUAAGGAUAAAGAGAACGAUCCAUCAUCAGGAAACUGGACCACGUGGUCAAAUUGUUCCACUGCAUGUGGUGGAUGUGGAAAUCAAACUCGUCAACGGCUGUGUUACGAUCCACUUUUAUGCAGUGGAAAAUCAAUUGUAGUAGAAACGAGAAGCUGUAAUAAAAAUCCAUGUACUCAGGUCAAGUUUGGAACCCGAACCAUAUCAAAAGUGGUUGUUUGUAAUCCUAUAACAUUACAAAAAUGUACAGUAUACGAGAAAGAAACAUAUCCAUUCAUAUCAGAAACAUGCUGCACAGGAUAUACAAAGAAUAGCAACGGCGCAUGUGCAAAAACUGUAACGUGAAAAUCAGUCUACGGAAUGAAAUAAAAGUGCUCCUUGUGAUAAAAACAUUAUCAAACACAAUCCAUUUCAAAAUAUGUUUUCAUUCCGUAUAUUUAUGUAGGUAACGUUACAUUGUGCAAGACAAUCAUUCAUGUGUUAUUAUAUAUGCAUUAUAACUAUUAUAAAUUACGCAGAAAUUGGUGCUACAUUAUAACUUAAGAAUGUUUUAUUUGAAUUAUAGCAAACCAUUUAAAUUAGUUUUUGUUCAAUGGUUCUAAACAAAAUUUAGCGAGUGUAAAUUAAUGGAUAGCAGUUUUGUUAUUAGAAAUUUGCAUUUGUCAAUCUGAGCUUAAAAAGUUACAAAUUUAGUUUACUUGGCGACACAUUAGUAUGACACAUUUUAUGGUUGCUAAUUCAGCAGCAAUUUAAACGUAGAUCGUUUAAUUAAAGCCUUAAUUUUGAGGUCAGAUUCAGCACGCAAUUUUAAACGUAGAUCGUUUAAUUAAAGUUUUUAAAUUUUGAGGUCAGAUAUAGCACGCAAUUUUAAACGUAGAUCGUUUAAUUGAAGCGUAAAUUUUGUCUCCUCAAAAUUUUGAAAUUUAACGUUACAGAAUUCUGCAUUUAAAUGAAGCAUAAACAAACAUUUAUAGUAUUCAUAAUUAUUGAUUCAACAUGGCAAUGAAUGUAAAAAAAUGUCCUUUUUCGAAUUAUGAUAAAAUAUGCAUGCCAAAAUAUAGGAGAAACAUCCAAGAGUGGAAUGUGUAGAUCUAGUUAGAAAUCCAUUCUAGUUGUGUUGAUAUUUAUUGCCUUAAAAUCGAGACUUGUUAUUUUGAUUGUGAAAAUACAUGUAGUUUUCUCAUUUGAUUAUUCAAGAAUUUUUUUUUAAUUAUUACAUAUUCAUGAGAUAUUUUCACUUAUGUCAUAUUUGGUAAACAGAAAUAUGUCAUAUACAAAUUAUUUGUUUGUGUGUUACAUAUCUGUGUUUCGUUAAUUUUUUUUUUUAAACAGAAAUAAGGCCGUUUGUUUUCUCGUUUGAAUUGUUUUACAUUGUCAUUUCGGGGCCUUUUUGUGAUAUCUAUUGAUAGCCUUACAAUUUAAUUUUUCAUUUUUUUUCAUCAAGUUGAUUUUUAAAAUUAAGAAAAUGAAUUGUUAUCAAUUAGGUUGUGUUUUAUCUUGCAAUCGGUACAACACGGUCGAUUCCGUAACUCCAUCUGGGAGUAUCGGAGUUACCCGAGGUUAGCCGAUUGUUUUAUAUGGUUGUUACUUUGUCUGUCUCGUUAAGUUGAAGAGAGUUAAUUUAUUGCAUGAAUGUGUAUCUGUGACAAUAAUUUUAUAUAAUGAUAUUGAAGUUUUUUGUAAAUAAAGUUAUAUUUUCAUAGA